AUGGCAUUCGGGCUCACCAAUGCGCCAUCCACGUUCCAGGCCAUGAUUAACGGCGUCUUGCGCGACUUCCUACGCCGCUUCGUCCUCGUCUUCUUCGACAACAUCCUCAUCUAUAGCGCGACAUGGACUGAACAUCUUCAGCACGUGCAAGCAGUGUUCCAGGUGUUGCGUGCGCACCACCUCGGCAUCAAGCAGAACAAGUGCACAUUAGGCGAGCAGGCAGUCCACUACCUUGGCCACAUCAUCUCGGGUGAUGGUGUCACCAUGGAUCCAGCAAAGGUCGAGGCGGUCGUGGCCUGGCCAACCCCCAUGAUGGUGCGCACAUUGCGGGGCUUCCUCGGGCUCAUCGGCUACUACUGCAAGUUCGUGCGGGACUACGGCAUCGUGGCGCAGCCCCUCAGACAGCUCCUCAAGAAGGAGGCCUUCCAUUGGUCGCCGGAGGUGAACGCAGCUUUCCACGCGCUCAAGCACGCGCUAACCACGUGGCCGGCACUUUAG